GCGGCGAGGGAGGCGAUGGCGGCGGGCCCCGGCGGCGGGGGGGCGGCGGGAGGGCCGGGCUGGCGGCUGCCGGGGCGGGUGCUGGAGCUGGUCUUCUCGUACCUGGAGCUGCGGGAGCUGAGGAGCUGCGCGCUCGUCUGUAAGCUGUGGCACCGCGUCCUGCACGGCGACGAGAACAGCGAGGUGUGGCGCAGCUUGGCGGCCCGCUGCCUGGCCGAGGAGGCCCUGCGCACCGACAUCCUCUGCAACGUGCCCACCUACAAGGGCAAGGUCCGUGCCUUCCACCACGCCUUCAGCACCAACGACUGCUCGCGGAAUGUCUACAUCAAGAAGAACGGCUUCACGCUGCACCGCAACCCCAUUGCCCAGAGCACGGACGGGGCACGGACCAAGAUCGGCUUCAGCGAGGGCCGGCACGCCUGGGAGGUGUGGUGGGAAGGCCCGCUGGGCACCGUGGCCGUCAUCGGCAUCGCCACCAAGCGCGCGGCCAUGCAGUGCCAGGGCUACGUGGCCCUGCUGGGGAGCGACGACCAGAGCUGGGGCUGGAACCUGGUGGACAAUAACUUGCUGCAUAACGGAGAGGUCAACGGCAGUUUCCCCCAGUGCAAUAACGCGCCCAAAUACCAGAUAGGCGAAAGGAUUCGAGUUAUCCUGGACAUGGAAGACAAAACGUUAGCCUUUGAGAGGGGCUACGAGUUCUUGGGAGUUGCCUUCAGAGGACUGCCGAAAGUUUGCCUGUAUCCAGCGGUGUCUGCUGUGUAUGGUAACACGGAAGUGACUUUGGUCUACCUGGGGAAGCCUCUGGAUGGAUGAUGACGCGGAUCGCUUCCCUGGCACAUCGAGCUGUGGAUGAUUGGGAGGACAGAUCUGCAUGUUGGUUAGAGGGAAACGCGUAUUAGAGGGGGAAAACCAAACAAAGACCGAGUGGGGGUGUGUCUGAGAACCAUCGAGGGAACCGCACAGAGUUCUGAAACAGAGCCAUACUUCAGGAGCUGGGUUACACUUCCUCUUUCUACCGGGCCAGAACAAUCCUCAGGGUUGCAGUUGGAGCAGUGGGAAGCUGACACGUGCUUGUUGCAUCAGAUUUCCUUGUGAAGGCCGGCGUUUCAGAACCCCUCUGACACCGAACUGCCGGAGAGAGUUCACUGGGGAUGUGUAGGUAGCGUGUUUUGUGAGAGACUCCUGUUUCCAAACUGCUUGUUCCUUCCCUGCCCUCCCCGGGGCCGGCGUGAGCACCGCUGCAGGGCUGCUCUGGCUGGGUUUUCCUUACCGUUUUUACCACACCGAGAAGCAUGGUGUGCCUGGGCUGCCCUUCUCUCCCUGGGCGACACAAAACGCGUGCAGCUAUUUUUAAGUGUAUUUUAAAGCUUGUGUAUAUAUCUAGAACAGGUUGAAAAGAGCAGUUCAAAGAAAGGGUUUGCUUUAUUCUAACUGGGACAUGGUUUCCUGAAGGAAAGAGACCCCCCCAACUACGGAGGCAUGAGAAGAUACACCUCGGCCAGGUAGAUGCCAUUGAUGUAAGUGUACUUCUGCUGUUGUAUUGUCAAGCAUUUUGGGAUGCUCUUGUGGAGUAUGGUGCUGCUUUGGGUCAGUUCCUGUGAAAGUUUCCAUAGUUGUAGCCACAGUUUUGUUCUCUGUAGGAAAGGCAAAAGGCUUUCCCUGUGCCUUCCCUUGGGCCAGGAUCUGCGGUCCCUUUGGGAAGGGCCGCUGCCACACAGCGUGGGGCUGUCUUCCUUUCCACCUCACAAAACAUGACUUUUACAGGCAUUCUUAACACUUUAUGAUCACUGAUGGCAGAAUGUUUCAAAGUGAUGAGAAGAGAGCGUUCAGUUUCUGAGUCCAGACCCGGGUGUUCACCUGUUUGCUUUCAGUCAGGACGAGUGAAACUCUCCCCAGCCCUCUGUUGGGGAUUCUAGAUUGGGUUCAACGUUUGGGCUUUUCACUUGCACCCUCUGAAAGUCAAGUGGGAGCCCCAUGGUGCGCUGGUGUGUGCUCCUAGGAAGCUGUGGGGAAAGGAGGGACUUUCUGGGGAAACUAGGCAAGUUAAAGGCCAUCUGUAAGCCCUGUGAUUGGCUCUUGGCUCUUGUUUCUUGUUGGUCAGUGUUGCCCAGAGCUAUCUGAACCAUUUCACAGCUGGGCAUGCUUUUUCAGAGGAGGAGAGGGAAACAUUUAUAGCACCUCUUUUUGCUUGACUUGUGUGAGAGAAUGUGAAUUGCUCAAUAUGGGACACUGGCUGUUCUCUGAGCACGGAGGAGAGAGGAAUCCCCCUUAGGGCAGUGAGUGAGGCUCCUUUGCUACUGCUGAGCCAUCCCAGGAGUGCUUUUCACCUAGCAGGUGCCCCAGUUAUGCACUGGAGCAGUGUGUAGGUCAUUACCGUUUAAAAGGGGUUUAUAGUAUUUAUUUGCUUAUUGCUUCAAGGCAAACAUCGAGGUCUGUUGCUCUUGGCUGUGAUAAAGGAAGGAAAUACACGGUGGGAAAUGAAGAUGUUUUAAGUGGUGCUGAGAAGUACCAGGGAAAUCACAUGGGUCAGGCACACGAGGACCUUCUGGAGAAACCUGUUACAAGCAGUGGCUGUACUAGAUCAUGGGGUGUGUGUGUAUCUGUGCAGCAGAGCCAUAGGGGAAAAAAGCUCUCAGCCCCCUGUGCCGUGUCAGAAAAUCCAUCUGUCCCUGAGCCGAGUGUGUUCUCAGCACUGUCCUGAGACAAGGCUUCUGCUUGUCCCUGAACCCAGUUAGAUGUGAGGAAACCCUGAGAGCUCCUGAGGAGUCUUGUUCACAAAUUGAGACUGAUUUCCGUUCUUCAGCCCGCGUCUUACCCUAUAAAUAAUAUCCCUCUGGAUUAGAAAUGCUGGAAGUUGAACAUUCCUGAAGGGUGGGUUUGGGGGGAACUCACUUGUGUAAGACUAUAACUUAUUCCUGGAGACCAAUGCUGGCUGUACAAAGUAUUAAAAUAAACUCUGCUGUAAUUGAGAA